GGUGAAGGAUCAACGAUGCUCGCAUUUCGCCGCCUUCUUUUGAGAAAUCGACGACAUUUUUAUUUCUUCCUGCCUUGGUGGAAUUUCACGUCGUUAUCGCGAAACAGGCGAAAAUGGAGAACGUCAGUGAAGACGUCGACGAUGUGAAAAAAUUGGAAGCACCUCUUGCUUUGGACGAUGCGUAUACGCUGACGCCACUGGUUGCCGCCACCGCCAGCCAUACAGGCGGCCGCCACUGGCUGCCUCUACGGCACAGAGAAUCCGAGGCUGCCAAGGCAUAUCCCUGUCCCCUCCUGCCCAGAGAAGCCAUCCUCUUAUUCCCACUCCUCCUACGGAGCACCUGUCGUGCCAGGGAGUUCUGCGCGUUAGGGGCGCUCGCCGGAGUAUUCUUACAGAGAUCGGUUUGAAUCGUCCGCGUUUAAGAACGCAUGCGCAAGGGAGACGCGAACUCUAUAGUAAUCUCUCUGUGAGUUUGCGCGAUGCUCGCGACCGCGCCAAGGUAAACGCCGACAAGGAGGUCACGGCACCGGUGAAUUGUGUUAAGUGACGGAAAUCUCGUCAAGAAGAGACUCGUUCUCGAAGAGUACGACUACGACGAUCACGAGGACAACUAUUACGAGGAACAUUGUCUGGUUUUGAGUCUGGACGAGUGUUGAUGCAGUGUUAGAUCAAACUGAUCCAACUUGCGACUUUACGUCUUUAAGCGUUACGCGCGGUUACUCGCGAAGAGAUCGAGAGUUGAACGUUCGACCUGGAAAAGAAGGAGACAGAAAAAGAGAGAAAAAGAGAGAGAGAGAGAGAGAGAGAGAGAGAGAGAGAGAGAGAGAGAGAGAAAGGACGAAAGCGCGAAGAAGCGAUAAGGAGAUAAAGGUGUCUGCCGGGAUGCGGUACGAGAAGCCGUUCAGCUCCAGCUAACACGUGGUGACGAUCCACACACUCCAAGAUCGCGAGGGAAGCGUGUUUCAUCGUGUGAGGCUGGGACCUCCAGGAUGCCAGGGGUGUGGAAGUUGCUACGCAUGCUGAUCUAUAUGGUGGUUGGCUUGAAGAACGUUGGUAGCAACGGCGACAUCUGGCCGCUUGAAAGGCCAGAGGGCAUGCCGGCCAUCCAAUCCCUCGAAGUGAUGUGCGGAAAGGAUCACAUGGACGUUCAUCUCUCGUUUUCGCAACCAUUCGAGGGAAUCGUUUCGUCCAAGGGCCAACAUGCCGAUCCUCGAUGCGUUUACGUUCCACCGUCAACAGGACAAACGUUCUUCUCAUUUCGUAUAGCAUAUGCCAGAUGCGGUACAAAGCCGGACAUGCACGGACAAUUUUACGAGAAUACCGUUGUCGUUCAAUACGAUAAGGAUCUACUUGAAGUUUGGGACGAAGCUAAACGAUUGCGAUGCGAGUGGUUUAACGAUUAUGAGAAAACUGCAUCGAAACCGCCGAUGGUGAUAGCCGAUCUCGAUGUUAUACAAUUAGAUUUUCGAGGGGACAAUGUGGACUGUUGGAUGGAAAUACAACAUGGGAAAGGACCAUGGGCUCCGCCAGUGUCUGGCAUCGUUCCUCUUGGCUCGACUCUAACGCUGGUCGUCGCGAUAAACGAUUACCGAGGUAACGAGCGACAGAACUCCCAAGGUGAGUUCGACAUGCGAGUCAAAUCGUGCGUAGCUUCGGACGGCGGUGGACACACGAUACAGCUCAGCGAUGAGUUCGGAUGCGUUCUAAGGCCUAAGAUGAUCAGCCGUUUUCUCAAGGCCAGAGGAUCGGACGAUCGCGCUACUGUUAUAACAUAUGCUUUCUUCCAUGCAUUCAAGUUUCCUGAUGCUCUUAGCGUCCAUAUCAAGUGCAAGGUGGAGAUCUGUCGACACGGUUGUCUCGAUCACUGUCAACUUAGCGGCUCGGUAGGACAUUACAUUCAAGAACGUAAGGAUCAGAUCCUUCAGCAAUAUCACCAGACCACAGGAACGCCCAUCAUUCACAACGACGAUAAUAACAGUGCGGAGAAAAACGAAGGGGGCGUAAACGACGAACAAAACGACGGAUCUCUUUAUGACGACAUCAUUCAGAACGGUGACGAGAUGACUUCGAUAGGCGGACAAUUUCUUGGCGUCGAGAAGUCAGUUGUAAAGGCUCAGCCACAAACUAGCAAUCGACUUGCAGCUCCCGUGAUAGAGACGCAAAACGAGGACGACGUACAUCCGGACGAUCUUUCACGGCCGUUCUUGGAACCACAGAGAGUUACGAGAUACGAGAGCGACCGUGAACAAUUCCCUCACGGGCCACGUAAUUUAGAAGAGGACGGAGGUUCAAGACCUGUGACACCUUUGUCUUCGGCUAACGUGAGGCGAAAGAGAUCGGUGGUGGUGUCGGACAGAAAGGUUCGAAGUGCGGACGUCGGUGUAAGCGGAAUUUACGAGGUAAUAUCUGAGGCUGACCUGGCCUUCAGUCCGGAUACCCACGCCGAGGCCGUGACGGUAUUUCAAGGUAGAAUAAGGGAGGAGGUUGUAUAUGGUAUUUGUUUGCCAAUGCCAGGCUUCAGUGCAUUGUUCGUCGUCGUAGCCCUUUCAGCCGUAGUCUCUGCAUUAGUUGCCGGUGCUAUGUUGCAUCGAUUGCAAGCACAACGUGAAGCGGUCGUAGGUAAUAGCAGAAAAAAUCGACCGGUCGCUACGACCAACGGUUGGUUGCUUUAUGGUUUCCUUCGUGUACGUUGUACGACGAGACCACAACCACCACCGCCACCACCGCCACCGUCAUCGUCCUCAUCCUCGUCGUCAUCGUCGUCAUCGUCGUUAUCAUCGGCAACGUCAUCGUCAUCAUCAUCAUCAUCGGCGCAAUUGCAAAAACAAACGAACGAGAUCGUCUCAAGGGAGACACCAUCGAUCGAGAGAGGCUGAUCCGAAAGUUAACGACUCCAGCGACUCGACGAAUAUAAUCGGACAGCAUUAUCGGACAGUGAUAAAAUGCUCUCCGAGAGACUAUGUGCAAUAAUACGCUGUACAAAGUAAAACGUAAGUGCGUAGGAUCGCGCCCGAGUAAUCUCCCGAGUCGUAUUUAGUCGAGAGUAAUAGUCUCUUUUCCUUUUUUUCUUUAUUUCUAUCUUAUUUUUCUUUCCAACGCAUUUCUUUCCUUUUUUUUUCAUUUAUCUUUCUUCGUUAUUCUCUUCUUCAUCUUAUUCCGAAGUACAUCCUCGAAAGAUUUAGUCGUUUGUAUUCACGGGACGCUGAUCUUCGAUCGUUCGAACUAUACUUCUCGAGCCAUUAAUGCCAAGUCGUAUUGUCUCUCUUUUUUUUUUUUGUUUUCCUCUCUCUUUCUCUCUCUCUCUCUCUCUCUUUCUCUCUCUCUCUUUCUCUCUCUUUUUCUCUCUCGAAGUCAGAAUAUCGUGAAACGAUAUUUAAGCGAUAAUAGCGAGACGUGUCUGGAAAUAUACAACUUCUUCAUUGCCGAUACAUUCGAGAAAAGAUCAUUUCUUGUCUACCUGAAGUCAUCGAAUCGUACGUGCUGUUUAAUUUUUUUUAUUAUUUAAGUUAAUAAAAAUUAUAUAU